AUGAAGACUACCAACUCUGGAUGGGAAUUACAUCCUUCCUCCUCAGCAGACUUAGAACCAACUAACAUCACAUCUCCGGUGGUGUAUCCUACCACCCUCAUGGACACCACCGUUUUCACCUCAGUGCCUGACUCUUCAGAAACUGUCAAGACUGAGGCAGAGGUAACAUCUACCACAACACCCUCCGAAGAGACCAGCAGCUCCCAGCAGACCAGCUCCACCACUCAAAUCAUGACCAUCCUCUCUGGAGUCUCCUCUGAGACCAUCCCUAAGAUGUUCAGGACUGAUGUCAUCUCCUCUAUUGUGACAUCAUCUCCUGGCUCUGUGGAAACCACCACAGCUCCAGAAUUGACCAGCAGACUCUCUACCUCUCCCACCAAGGCAGAACCUGUAGAGAUGGCCAACACCACACCACCAGAUGCUUCUGUGUUUUCAUCCAGGGAUUCACUUAACUUGGGCACACAAACUACAGUCACUGAGGCUGACACUGACUCACCUGUUACUCAGAGUCCCCCCUCCACAGAGAUGGUCACUGCCAAGAUCACAAGCUCAGAGGGUGUUUCAUGGACAAAGCCUUCCUCUGAGGGACAAACCAUUAUUUCAUCCAGUCUGAUGCCCUCGUCACCCAUGAUCUCACCGUCCCCAGUUUUUUCCACAUUACUGGGGACUAGCCCUUCCUCUGAAGCUACUGUGACUUCACUUCUCACCCCUGGUCUUAAAACAACACACAUGGAAGCCACAAGCCUUGAACCUGGAUCCACUUCUCCAAGUUGGAGCAUCACCAGAGUUGAGGCAUUCACUGCUCCUGAUGGUACCACAGAUACAGAAUCAGAUCAUCUUUCUGAAAACACCACUGUAGACAAAGUGGGUACCAGCCCCUCUGGAGAAGCAUCACAGUCUUCUGUUCUGAUGGAUUCAGCAUCAUCCAAAGCAUCUUAUGCAGUGGGAAAAUCUUCCACCAGUGGUGCUACCACUGUCUCUACAGCAGUGCCAUUUUCUUCUGAAACUGCCAACAUAGCGACAGAGCCAAUAUUCACUCUGAGCACCACUGGGGAGACUGGAAGCUCUCAGAAGUCUAGCCUUACCACAACAAUUACAACUGUCCUCUCUGAAGUAUCCCCUGAAACCACUAUGGAGGAAUUCACAACCAAUGUCAUUUCCUCUAUUAAGACAUCUUCCUCUGGCUCUGAUCAAACCACAGAAACUCAAGAAUUCCACACGGAAUCCACCAGCAGACUCACUACUUCCCCCAUCAUGGUAGAAACUCCAGACACGGUCAACCCCACACCCAUGGAUUCUUCUGAACCAUCAUCGCUGAGUUCACGUAAUUUUGAUGCAUCAGCCAUGUACACCCAGGCUAGGACUGAUUCAACCAAAGUCCAGAGUGUUUCACAUGCAGAGGUAAACGCUGUCAAGAGCACAAGUUCUGAGGAUGUUUCAUGGACAAAAUCUCUCUCUGUGGAAAAUGCCAACACUACAUCCAUUCUAGAGUCUUCACCUACCGUGACAUCUGCCUCUCCAGUUUCCCCCAUAUUGCCUUGGAACAGCACUUCUGCUGAAACCUCUGUCAUUUCACAUUUGACCACGGGUCUGGCCCAUACAACAGAUGUGGUGAGGACAAGCUUUGGACCUCUCACUUUGAGUCACACCACUCUUGAGGUACACACUGCUUCUGAAGCCACCACAGAGACAGAACCAGCCCACUUUUCCCAAGAUGCAGCUCUGAGCAAUGUGAAGACCACCAUGUCUGGACAGGAAUCACAUUCCUUAGUCUUAGGUGACACAGAGCCAUCCAAAGCUACGUCUCCAGGGGUAAUAUCUUCCACCAAUGUUACUACCACCUUUUCCACAUCCACGCCUUUCUCCGAUGGAACUUCAAAGAUCAUGCCAGAGUCAACAUCUGCCCUAGGUCACAGAGAUGAGACUGAUGACUCACAACAAAGCAGCCCCACCACAGGCAUAACCACUGUCCAUUAUGAAAUGCCUACCAUCACCCUUACUGAAAAAUUCACCACAGAUGUCUUAUCUCCUCCAGGGACAACCAUACCUGUCCCUGCACAGUCCACAGUAUCUCCAGAAUUCUUCACAGGACUCUCCACCGGACUCUACUCCUUUCCAGUAGAACCUACAGAAAUGUCCACCACCACACAAACAGCUUUCUCUGAGGCUACAUCACAAGAGGGACUUACUUUGGAUACAUUUACUACAGCCUCCUGGGUUGACACUGACUCAUCCGUAACUCGGAGUUUCACACACUCAGAGAUGACCUCUGUUGAGAGCACAAGGCCUGAAACUGUUUCGUGGACAAAGCUUUCUUCUGAGGAAAUAACUGAAACUCCAUCCUCCCUGGUAUCUUCAGCUGUCACAACUCCCUCAUUCACUGUGUCCUCCUUGUUACCUGAGAGUAACCCUACUUCUUUGUCUUCUGUGUCUUCAAUAUUUUCCCCUUCUCUGAUUAAGACCACAUCUAAUUCUCUUCAAAACUUGAGCAGCACCACAGUUGAUGCCUUCUCCAUUUCAGAAAUGGCCACAGAUACUAGGACAACUCACCUUUCACAGAACACACCUUUGAACACAAUGGUCGCCACCACCUCUGGAGAAGAAACCUAUUCCUCUGUUACAUUUCACUCAGAACCAUCUGAAACACCAUCUCCUCUAGGAAUAUCUUCCACUAAUAAGGCCAUCCUAGUUUCUGCAUCAAUACCUUUCUCUUCUGAAACUUCAACCAUUGAAUCAGAGCCAACAUCCACUCUGAGCCACACUGAGGAGACUGGAAGUUCCCAGCAAACCAGCUUCACCACUGAGACCAUCACUGUUUUUUCUGAAGUGAUAUCUAGUACCACUACAGAGAUAUUGAGGACUGAUGCUAUCUCCUCAAGAGGGAUGUCCAUCAGUGGCUCUGAUAAAUAUACAACAUCUUCGGAAUUUCUCACCAAACUCUUUACUUCUCCCAUCUUGAUGGAACUUACAGACACAACCAGCAUCCCACAAGUCGAUGACUCUGGGGCAACAUCACAGAGUUUACUUAGCAGGGACACAUCAGCCACAAUCACCCUGGCAGAUAUUGACUCAACGGUUACUCAGGGUUUUUCACACUCAACAAAUACUACUGUCAAGAGCCAAAGCUCUGAGACUGUGGCACCAACAAAGCUUUUCUCUGUGGAAGAAAUCAGUACUUUUCUCCCAGAGUCUUCACCUGUUAUGACUUCAUCCUCUUCAGUUCCCUCCACAUUACCUGGGAGUAGUUUUUCCUCUGUUGCUUUAACCACUUUACCUGUAACUUCUGGGCCAGUCAGGAUGACAGACAUGGAUGAUACAAGUCUGAGACCUGCAACCACUUCUCAUCCAAAAUUAAGCAGUACCACAACUGAGGAAAACAACACUACUGAAGCCAUCGCAAAGACAGAGACAGUUCAUCUUUCCCAAAGUACAGCGGUCAACAAAGUGGGCACCACCACUUCCGGACAGGAAGAGUAUUCUUUCUCAAGGGAAACAGAGCCAUCCAAAUCCAGUUUUCCUGUGGUAUCUUCAACCACUAAUGGGGAAGCCACCAUUUUCACAUCAAUACCUAGCUCUUCAGAAACGAGAACACAAUCAAUGUCAACAUUCCUUCCUAGUAUCUCUGAGGAGACCAGUGACUCUAAGCAGACCAGUUCCACAACAGAGACAAUGAGGGUCCUUUCUCAAGUGCCCCCUGGUGCCACUCCUGAGGCAUUCAAGACUGAAUUAGUCUCCUCUGACCUGACACUCAUACCUAGCCCUACACAGUCCACUGUGUCUACAGAUGUCUCCACCAGGCUCUCUACUUCUCCCAUCAUGUCAAAACCUACAGAAAUGAACAGCACCACAUCCAUGGAUUCCAGUGGGUCAGCAGCAUUAGGUCCAUUUUCCUCAACCUCUCCUUUCUCGGAUUCCACGACAGGGACAGUCUCCUCUGUGACUCAAAAUUGGACGCACAGAGAGAGGUCCACUAUCAAGAGCACAAGUUCUGAGACUGCUUCAUGGACAGAGCCUCCUACUGUGGAAGAAACCAGUGCUUUGUCCACCCUGGUGUCUUCACCUGAGAUGACCUUCUCCUCUCCAGUCUCCUCCACAUUCAGUGAGAGUAGCCCAGCCUCUUCAACCACUAUGAUUUCCAUCUUUACCCCUGACUUGGUUAAUAUCACAGACAUGGUAGAUCCAAGUCUGAGACAUGAAACCAGCAGCUCCUCUCCAAGUCUGAAGGGUACCACAAUGGAGAUACUCAUGUCUUUACAAUCUACCACACAUGCAGAGUCAGCUCAUGUCUCCCAAAACACAGACGUGAACAAUCUGGAGACCACCCAUUCUGGACAGGAACACCAUUCUUCUUUCCCAGUGGACUCAGAGUCAUCCAAAGCCACUUCCCUUAUGGUAUCUUCUACCACUAAUAGGGUUUCCACGCUUCCCACAUCAGUACCUGGCUUUUUUGAAAUGUCUAAGACUAAAGUAGAGUCUCCAUCCACUCAAGAAACAAGCACUGUCCUUUCUCAUAUGCCCACUGGUACCACUCCUGAGACCUCCAGUACCAACAUCAUCUCCUCUAGUGGGAUAUCCAGCACUGGUGCUGAGGCAACGGUGUUCCCAGAAGUCACCACCAGACACUAUGCCUCUGCCAUCAUAACCGAACCUACAGACAUGAUCAAUACACCAUCUCCUUUCCUGGGGACAACCUCAAAGCAUUUUCAUGGGCUAGCUACAUCAGUCACAGAGUCUUGGACUGAGACUGACUCAUUUGUGAGUUCUCCACACUCAGAGAUGGCCUCUGUCCAGAGCACCAGUUCUGAGGCUAUCUCAAGUUGGACACAGCUUGUGUCUGUGGAAGAAACCAAUGCUCCAUCCUUCCUGGUGCCUACACUUGACAUGACUACUGAUGUUAUCACCUCUAGAGGGAUGUCCAUCAGUGACUCAGAUAAAUAUACAACAUCUCCAGAAUUUCCCACAGGAUUCCCCGGUACCAAACUCUUUACUUCUCCCAUCUUGGUGGAACUUACAGACACAACCAGCAUCCCACCAGUAGAUGACUCUGGGGCAACAUCACAGAUUUUAUUUAGCAGGGAUACAUCAGCCACAGCCACCUUGGCAAACACUGACUCAACAGUUACUCAGGGUUUUCCACAGCCAACAAGAACUAUUGUCAAGAGCACAAUCUCUGAGAUUGUUACAUCAACGAAGCUCUUCACUGUGGAGAACACUACUCCUUUCCCGAUGUCCUUGUUACCUCAGAGCAGCCCUUCCUCUACAACUGUGAUGUCACUAGUCACCCCUGCUCCAGUUAAGACCACUGACAUGGGUCAUACAACUAGUUCCCCUCCAGAUUUAAAUAGCCCCACAACAGAAGUCCUUUCUGUUUCUGAAACCACAGUUUUCACCUCAGAGGUGAAGACCUCAGACACUGUUGGCCCACGGUUGAGUCCUGGGUCCAGUUUCCCUCCAAAUUCGAGCAGUCCUACAACUGAGGUGGUCACUAUUUCUGGCGCCACCACAGGUGAACAAUAUCUUCAUUUUCCCUCUGUUACAGUUGUAUCCAACAUGGAGACCACCAGUUCUGGACAGGAAUCACAUACUUUUGUCUCUGCCGAUUUAGAGACUUUGCAAACCACACCUCCCACGAUAUCUCUGACCACUAAUAGAGACACUACGUAUUCCACAUCAAUGUCUCAUUCUUCUGAAGCUGGAAAAGUUGACAGAGAGUCAUCACUCAGGCUUAACGCCACUGAUAAGACCAGCAGCUCCACAACAGAGCAUUUCACGACUCUCUCUGAUGUGCCCACUGCUACCGUUACUGAGACAUUAAAGACAGAACUCAUCAGCUCUGGUGGGGUGGCCAUACCUACUUCCUCUCAGUCCACGCUAACUCCAGACUUCUCUACCGGGUUCACCGCCGGGCUCUCUAUCUCCCACAUCACAGUGGAACCUUCACAAGUGACCACCACCAAACAAGCUGGCUUCACCGGGUCACAGAUUUCAUUUCUUCUGGGGACAUCAACCACACACUCCUCCACGGAGACUCACUCAGCCAUGACUCUGAACUUGGCACAGUCAGAGAGGACCAGUGUCAAGAGCUCAGGUUCUGAGGAUGUUUCUUGGACAAAGCCUUCCUCAAGAGAAGAAACCAGCACUCCAUCUUUCCUCUUGUCUUCCCCUCCCAUGACCCCAGCACACUCUCCUAAAUCUUUCUUACCUUCCUCCACUACAUUCUCUACCAACUCGGCCUCGAUUUUCACCUCUGAUCUUGUGACAACCUCAGGUGGGUCGGGCACAAGCUUGGGACCUGGGGCCAACUUAUCUCCACUACCGAGCAGCUCCCUGAUUAAAGUACCUACCAUUUCUGAGUCAUCCACAAAUACAGGAGAUACCCAUUCUGCUACACACUUAGCAGUGACAUCAAGUUCUGGACCCGAAAUCCAUUCUUCUGUUCCAGUCCAUUCGGACUUGUCCAAUGGCACUGUCUUGUCCCUGGAGGACACUACUAUUCCUACAUCAACACCCACUUCAUUUGAAACAGAACGAUCAACUUUCACCAACUUCAAUGCCAACCCCCUCCUCAACCUUCUCUCCUACUGA